UAGCUGGCGCUGUUCAGAAGGAAAUUCAGAUGAUUUCAGUGCGAAGUUGCAGCUGAAACAGCCAUUGAAUUUCCUAAAUUAAGCUUGAUACGAUGAUGGAAUGAAUGAGCAACAUGCCCCUCUUUAAGAGGAAAUCAGAAAAAAGAGGCCAGCAGCCGACAGUACGGCAGACAUCGCAGCAUGGGUCUCCACCGGGGAAAGCAAGCCAUCCACACCAGAAAGCACAGAACCAACAGCAUGUGCAACAACUAAAGACCAGUCCUCAACAUGCUGGACAAAGUUCGCUUAACUACAAUCAGUCGGGUCAGCCUGGCGCUAGACCUGGCGCUCCUGAUGGAGACUCCAGAAAAGUGGAGAAGAUUGAUGAUGGCACUGCUGCCCUGGCUGCUAGCAGGAGACUUAGAGGUGGUCAGAUUGCAGAAGGUGCACAGGUCAUGAGUGAUGACAGUGAUGCCUUAGGAGACUUAGGCACAGGACUUGGAAAGAUUGAGACAUCUGACCAGGCAAUCAAUCGAUCAAGAUUAUGUAAAAGUAUGAAUGAAGUCCUCCACGACAAUGGAGCUCUGCCCUACUUCAUCCAGUACAUGGCAUCAAGCAACUCCAAACAACUUGUCCAGUUUUGGUUAGCAGCAGAGAGUUUUAGUAAUGCUUCAUGGUCCAAAAUGAGAACAGACUCAAUGACUAAGGGGGAUUCCCCUGUGAUUGGAAACCAUGUAACAACGACAAUACCAGAGGAACGAAGAGAGAAUGUGGAGCAAACUAAAAGCCAAGAAACAAACUCGUCUGUGACUAACAAUAAAGAAACCAUAUGCAGUUCGAGUGACACUGUGGAAAGUGAUUCUAUAAACACAACAAAUAACAAUGUUGACUUGCCAAGUUUGGAUGAGACUGAUUCAUCAAAGAAAGACACACAAUCUGUACCUGUAGUUGUAGUGAACCCUCCUGUAUCCAUGCCCAAGAAGAAUGAUUCGCCAAGUAUAUCACCUCAAAAGACUCAUACAAGAGCGAUGUCUGAUUCGGCAGUAGGUGUUGGUAAGAUGUUUGGCAGUGGGGCUACUUUUCAGCCCGGUCAUCGGAGAAAUAACUCCUGGAAAGAGGUCGACCCAAGAACUGCGGUGGAAAGAGAUGCCAUCAAUAUAUUCACCAGAUACAUCUGUAAGGAUGCCACAUCACCCAUUGGUGUACCAGAGGAUAUUAGAUUAGAUAUUAUAGCUAAGAUUUGUCCCAAAGAUGGCCAGUUUGAUCCAGAUAGUUUCAAAGCGGCUCAGAACUAUGCAUUCAGUGUUAUGGAGAAGCAAUAUUUCCAGUCAUUCCUGAUGAGUGAAUUCCAUUGUAAAUAUCAGAUAGAUGUACUUACUAGUGGGCGUGUCUACCUAGCUGACAUACUCUACAACGAUGUAGCCACUUUCUACUUCAUGGAGUACCUGGAACAGGAAAAUGCCGUCCAUCUGCUUCAGUUCUGGUUGGCUGGGGAGAAUUUUCAACAGCAUUUACUAUCUCAGCAGGGGCAGUAUGAUCCUAUGGAGGCUCAGAACGAUGCUAUGGUGCUAUAUGACAAGUACUUUUCAUUACAAGCUACCAGCCCCUUAGGCUUUGAUGAUAAGAUCCGCUUUGAGGUGGAGAGUAAUAUAUGUCGGGAAGGGGGACCACUAGCAACCUGCUUCUCUACGCCAAUGAGACAAACAUAUACUACAUUAGAAACAAUGCAUUUUCCUGGGUUUCUUCGUAGUGAGCUCUAUUACAAGUUCCUCAAUGAGCUCAUCAGCAAUAUCAAGAGUGAGCAUGGGACCAUGGCUGCUGCAGGGUCUGUUGCCACGGCCCUGGAAGAUGAUCAGUCCUCUGUAUCCUCUGAGCCUGCCACCAGAGGGAUGCGUAAUACCCUGCUAGCUGAGGGCAAUGUGGUCAAGCUUUUUGAUGGGGACCUCAGCAUUGACCAGUUGAAGUUUGAUCCAGACACUCUCUGGCAGAGGCCAAGUGCAGGAAACGCUGGUAUGAUGUUUGGUAAGGUGAAUCAUCUUGGUCAGUUCGUACCAGAAUACGAACCAGAUCCUGAAUCACUUCAAAAGAGAGCGUCGUCAAAUAAGUUCUCUCUCAAAAAACUGGUCACCAAAGAGGAGGACAAGAGUAAAGAAGAGAUGGCUUUGAAGAUAGCCCAGAUGAUCAUCAAUGAUGUCAAUAAACAAACCCAGGGAUUAGCAGGGGAUGAUAUACCAUCUCCUACAGCAGCUAAACCACCACAGAGAUUAUAGCACAGGAUACAUACUCGGUUCAUCAUAUAAGAUGAUUAACUUUUAACAUGUCACCAAUUAGCAGUGCACCAAAUCUAAAACACAUAAAUCCUAUAGAGCUGCAAAUCACAGGGCAUGUUAAGAGUUGAUGGCUGGUCCCGGGUGCAGACAAAUCAUUAAUCAUGAAAGUAAAAUCACCCUUGUUAAGAUUGGCAUUUGCUUUAUGGGAUAUGAAUGUAGAAAUGGCUCUGGGGGGUGUUUCAUGUUAGCACUAACUAAAUUGUCAGUGCUGACUAUUUCAGUGGAAUCCUUGUUUUUUAUUGGCUGAGAAGCUCUGGACUCUGACUGUUACUAUGGUAACUGUCAGAAAGACAUCUUGUCAGUGCUGACAACUUUCCUGUAACGGUCCCCUGAUAUGCGAAUACUAGUGCUGAAGUCAUCAGUUUGCUGUUUGGGUUAAUUUUGUUUGGUCCUUAUUUGCCCCUACAUACAAUUAUCUCAUCCCAUUUGGUAGUAACAAAAUUAUGUUUUGAUUAUUUGGUUUAAUUGUCAUUGAAUUAAGUCAGGAAUGCACAAUAUAUUGUAUUAGAAAUGGUAUCAAAGUUAUUGCUGAAGUCAGCAAAAUUUUCAAUUUCUGUUGAUAUUUCUUGUUUUAUUGCUUGCUUUCAAGAUCAAAUUCCUGCAGAAGUGUCACUGAAAAUAGCCUAAUCCUCUAAGUGUUUAGAUGGAAGGCAUGUUUCUUUAAAGUGUCAUCAGUUUGUGUAUGUCCUUGUGUGAGCUAAUGUACAUGUAUAAAGAAGCAUUUCUUUGUGUUGCCAAGAACACAAGAUUUAUGAAGGUUAAAAAAACUGACUUCCUCAAUACUAGUUGACAUGAACUGUCUCACGUAAACCCUAGAAGAAUUAUUUUCAUCAGAAGUUUUAGUUGGGGCAUUAUUACUGUUUUAUUGGGACCAGCCAUGGUGGGUUUGAGGGUGUGUGUGUGUGUUUGUAAGAUAUUAAAAGUUUGUGUGCAUCUCUGAUCUGGGACUCUGAUUCUCUUGCCAAAAUUGAUAGAUUUUGUAAUUAUAGAUGGUUGUUUAUCAAAUUAUUUUGUAUGAAGCAUAACGGCUCUUAGUGGUAGAUCAAUAUUGAAGUGGCCAGAGUGAUGAAAGGGGGCAAAUUUGAUUCUUUGUAACAAGAGUAUUCAUUCUUUAUUUCUCAAGAUGACAAAAAUUCUUUGCAUAGGAACAGAAAUUUGAGUGUAAAAAUGGGGGUAUUCUCUCGUUUUAAAUUACCACUAGAUUUUUUUUUCUUUGAUUGCGAAGAAGUAAUUUGAUUUGAAAAUAGGAGACAGGAGAGAGGACUACCUUCAAAGUUACCUGUAGUGCACUUUGAUAUGAGUACAUGGGACUACACAUAAUCUGACAUUAAUUAUCUGCCAGAUGUGGACAUGUAUUCUCCUCAAAGUUAACAUUCUGAGUGCAAUCCUUUUCAGGGGAUAUUUUGACAAUGAUUCACUUCCUAAUUUAUGAAGAUAAAGAAAGUACACAAAUUGUUUAAACUUUCACGGGACUAAAGGUUUUCUUCAUCUUACAAAAAAUAUGUGAUGUACUGAAAUUGCCGUUUGUAAUCCCUUAUGUUCUACUGUGUCAGAUGUGAUCAAGUCAACGAAAGCAAUAUUUAAUAUGUUUUACAGGUGGUUGUGUGUACUAUUGUGUGAUGUACAGUCUUCAGAAGGUAUUUCAUACAGAUUGUCAAGUGUUACAAGUAUUAUAGUUGCAAUGUUAAAAGAUGAGUUGAUGAGUCAAUAUUGAGCUUUACUUGCAAAUACAAGGUGAUCUAUUUUUCUUCUGCUUAGUAGCAAUUGAAGAUCAGAUGAGUUGAUGGGUUUGUAAUAUUUAUUUAAUCACAAUUAAGAUAUUGCAAUGAGAUAUUCUUGUUGCCUAUGAGACAUGUAAAUGAUACUAGAAUUUUUAAUUCAACUCCUCAUGGUAGAUCUGUGUUUCAAAGGUGGAAGUUGGUUUGUUUACCUUUCUUCAUUCUCGCUGCGAAUUGGAUCUAAUGGAAGGAGUUGGACAGUGGUCAAGUUGUUUUCACACGUGCCCAUAUGUUCUUGGAAUCUGGGUUAAAGUUAACGAAAUCAGUAAAUCCACAAACAAAUAUCAGACAUUCAUCACAAUUCUUUUUUAAUGUUCUAGAAUUGUGUUAAUUAUUGAAAAUUACAUACCUCUUUCUUACAAGCUACAUUUAUGAUGAAAUAUUUCCAAAACCACAAUAGGUAUUGAGGGACCCAUUAGUAGGGUGUUCAUACCCUUGAUAAGCUGUGUUAAGUCAAGUUUAUAACAAUAUAUUGACUUAAGGGUUGUGGUGAUGUUGGAAAAGGGGGAGGGGUAGCAUUGUACCUUUCAUGAAGUGAACCUCCUAAUUUGUUAAUGUGUGUGCUCUUCCUUUCCAUUUCUUUCAAUCAUGUGAUGGCAUGUGGAACUGUUUUAUGUUACAUUCAUUCCAUUGCAAACUUUGAAAUAUAGAUGUCAUGCUUAAUAUAGUUGUCAAAUAUAGUUUUUAUACAUUAUUCCACAUUGUUACACAUUUCAAAUCAAUAUAUUUUAAUUGCAAAUAAACAAAUUUUCUUUGAUUUUGAUUAUCUAAAAAAAAUCAGAUUAUGACAUUCUGUUUUCUUGUGGAUUUCGUGGAUAUGGUGAAUAUUAUUUUUGAAACAUUUUUUAAGAAUUAUGUAAAAAAACAAUGAAACAAAUGAAAGUGAGAAAAGCAACAUAUGUAUAUUACCAAAGAACAGUUGUUCUAUCAGAUUACCAAUAUUUAGGGUAGUGAUUUUUUUCAAUGAAUAGUUUAUAUACUCACUAUGCUGCAUCUCUGCGGGUAGUUUUGUUUCUUGUAAAAUAUUACAAAUGUUACGUUACAUGAAUCUUUGUAAAUCAUUAUUUUUUUGGUAGAAAGUGCUACGCUUCACAAAAUAUGUAGAUUUCAUUCUUGUAGUGAGUUUGGAGGUGCAACUUUUUACAUGUAUGGUUAGUUUCCAAUGAUAAAAAUCAUUAAUUUUAUGCUUGUCAUUUGUUUUCUUGAAAUUGUUUAUCAAAUCCGAAUUUGUGGUGUAGCUCUCUGUCUUAAUGCAGUUCAUGUUAAAAAGGAGGUCUAUUUUAUCAUGAAUAAUGAUAACAACAUCAAACUAGUAAUGAGUCAUAAUGAUAUUCAUAUUUGGCGUUACCAUGUGCAUGGAUGCACAUGUGGAGGAGAUUUGUCAGUCAAUUUAUUAGAGUUUUUCGUAAUGUUAACAGGUUUAAAAAAAAAUUGAUCAUAAAGUCUGCUAUGUUACAUUCAUUUUUUAUCCUGUUAGGAUAUUGGAAAUCUAUUUCCAAUGUAUAUCCUCAUGCAAUGUCAAACUUAAAUAUGCUUUAAAAUUCAGGUGCCAGGGUUUUGAAUAUCAUACAUUUCUCUAGUUCUUAAAAGGUUACCUUAGUCGCCAUUUUGGAAGCGUAUAGAAUUUGAAAUAUUUCUCUUUAUAUGAAAAGUGAAUUGUUCUGCGCCAAAAUGUUUACAAGACCUAGUCUGGCCUUAUACACCAACUAGUAGCCUGAUAUCACCUUCUAAAGACCCCCAAACCAUGAGUAGCCAGUGGUGAAUGGGCUUUCUCUGCUACAGCACCGAAUUUAAGAAAUAUAUCAUUAAGAUAAAAAGAACUGGAAGGAUUUAGAUUUCAAGACGAAAAAAAAAAGAAUGGAAGGAGGGAGUGUCAUCAUGGUGUUAGAGUCAGUCUCCCUUGUAAGAGGGAAAAUGGUGACUGAAAUAGAUGAUGAUGAUCAUCAAUAGAGACUUAUAAAUCUAAACAGAAGUAUUUUUACAACAUACAUCUUGGCACUCUACUCAACUCCUCUCUCUUUAAAAUAUUGUCUAUGUUUCUUCCAUGCCUCAGAAUGGAUGGCGCUAUACAUGUAUAAAUGCUUAUCAUUAUUAGAAUUAAUAGUUACUGAUUACCAUAAAUAUUAUAGUUUACAAUAUUAUAAUAUAAUUUCAAAUUGAAAACAUGCAUUGAGGUGUUUUACAUACUAUUCCUAUUGGAUUGGAGACUGCAAUUUCAAAAUUCGUAACAUGGUAAAUAUAGAUUUAAAAGAUAAGUCUAUUAUCUUGAAAAGUUCACAAGUUAAACAAGUCUCACUGCAUGUUUUAUGCGGAAUGAACAAAGACAAGUAGUGUGACUUACAUGCGAUGUUGAAUACUAGUAUAUAGCAUUUCCUUACAGCUAGUACACAUUAAAAGGGAAAGACGGACCUGGCAGAGUUCUGACCAUUGUACGUAUGAGAAAAUAUUUUACUUAAUGAGCUUGCUCGAGUCAAUUUUCCCUAUAUCAUUCGACUUGAAACAACCUAAAAUUUGUUUUCCUUAGGAUUUGUAAUCUUAUUCAGUUUUCAUGGCAUAGAAUGUUAGCCUAUUAUGAUGUAAUUUUGAAUGAUUGGAAUGUGGAAUUCUGCAGCUUGGUUCAAGCUUGUUAUACGAUAUUGAAUAUGAAAUGUCCAAUGUGUAUAUCCAUGCCCAUAUUGUCCAUAAUUUGUGAAUGGAGAUGUUUUAUAUAUAUGUGAAAAUCUGAUGAGAUCCAUAAUGUUUUUGUAUUUGAUGUUGAAUUAUCUUAGCAUGAUAUUGCCAAUCACUCGUAUUACAGGUCAAAAGAAAUAUAUGUACUGUAAAUGUAAGGUAUAUUAUCAGAAAAUCCCAGAAAUAUAACAUUUUUGAGUAUAUGUUA